AACAAUGUUAGAGAAUUUAAGAGAAUAGAAGAAAAAAAAAAUUCUCUUCAUUUUCAUUGGAUGUUGAAUAUCGGAUAUUAACUAACCGAUACAAAAGAAAAAUUAAAAAACCAAUCAACUGAUUUGUCUCUUUCUCUUUUCUAAAUGAAUCAUCUUUAAAUCAUUUCUUUCAUUUAAUUAACCAUUUUAAUUGUUUCUCCAUCAAUUCAAUCAGUUGAAAUGAAUUAAAAUUCUAAUCAUUUCCUUUAUAUUUCCAAUCGUACUUAAAGUGAUCUCCAAAUAACAAAGUCUUCACCUCUUCCCUUACUUAUUCAUUUAAAUGUGUGUGUGUGUUUGUUUGGUCAACAAUCAAUUCAAUUAAUUUAAUUGUCAUAAUUGUGCUUUAAUUGUCUACAGAAAUUUAAUUGUUUUGUGUGUGUGUCACAAGAUUCAAACAGGCUAAUUGUCUUUAAGUUGUUCAAUUGUAAUCCAAAUUUACAAUAAUUAAUUGAUUUGUGUUUUCUACGAUUUUCUUUACUUUUGCCUUUGAAGAAUUUCCAAUUCACCUCCAUUUUGUUUUCUUUUUUAAUUUUCCUUUUAUCUUGAUACUUCUUGUGUUUCUUAAUGUUUUGUAAUAUAAUUUUAACAACAUUGACAUGAGACAAUUAAAUUGUGUUUACCAACAACAUCACUGUCACCAUAAUGCAGAAAAUAAAUCAUCGGCCUACAGUUAAUUGUAAUAAUCAAUGGAUAAUCUUUUGUUCAAUGUGUCAUUCUAAUAGUAAUAAACAAAGACCAAUUAUCAAUGGAUUAAAAGUUAAUAGUAGUAACAAUAAUAAUAAUAAUAGUCUAUGUGAAAAUCGGGUUUACCGGUAUUCACAUUAUUCUUAUUCUCCACCUUUACCUCAUCACCAUCACUAUUCAUCAUUAUUAUCAUCAUUAACUCAACCAUCAUCCAAUGUUUCCAUUAUAUUUCAACUAUUAUUGUUGAUUCUUUCCAUACCAUGGAUUAAUUGUGACUCUCUAAACAACAACAACAACACCAACAUUAAUAAAACCAACAAUAUAAUUCAUCAUCACCUUCACCAUCAACAUAACCAUCACCAUCACCAUAAUAAACACCAUCUUGUUGAUGAUCAUCAACCUCCUUCUGAUUUUGAUUAUUCUCAACAAUCAUCAUCAUCAUUUCCUCGUAUAAUUAAUCGUCGUCAAUCAACUAAACAAGGUUGUCCCAAUAAAUGUGAAUGUAUUUGGAGAGGUGGUAAAUAUGAGGUUGAUUGUAAAGGAUUAACUUACUCCAAAAUACCCAAAGAGAUUCACAGUGAUACUCAAGUGAUUAAUUUUAAUGGUAACCGAAUUAAAACAUUGGAACCAAAAAUUUUCCAAACCUAUGGUCUAAUUAAUUUACAGAAAAUUUAUCUCUCAAAUUGCAGUUUAAAAAAGAUACCUGAUGAUUCAUUUAUAUCAUUAACUAAUCUGGUUGAACUGGAUUUAAGUAACAAUUAUCUGGAUCAUAUUCCCGUUGGAGCCUUACGAGAGACCCGAUCAUUGCGACGUCUUUAUCUUAAUUUGAAUGCGAUCAAAAAAAUUGAUUCCUCAGCGUUUGUCCAUUUAAAUUCAUUACAACUCCUUGAUUUAUCUAAUUGUGCCAUCACCUCCAUCCAAGCAAAUUCAUUUGAAGGCCUUGAGAAACUUAAUUACCUACUUCUCAAUGGAAACAAAUUAAAAGACUUACCUGGUUCCAUUUUGGAUUCUUUGGUUUCACUGAAACAAAUUAAUCUCCAUGAGAAUCAUUGGUUCUGUGAUUGCCGGAUUAUUGACCUUAGAUCGGGUUUGAUUGACCGAUCAAUUUCAAUUACUGUGCCUCCAAUAUGUGACAAACCGAUCCGAUUGAAAGGUUCAUCUUGGCAAAAUUUGGGUCCAGAUGAAUUUGCCUGUAGUCCAAAAAUUACCUCAUUAACUAGUGCCAAAUUUAUUAAAGGAUCAAAUGGAACCAUAACCUGUCGUAUUCAUUCAACACCGAUGUCCAAUGUCUCUUGGUAUUUUGAAUCGAAUCAAAUUUCUAGGCAGAUAAUUAAAAAUAGUACCUAUAUGUCAUUUGGAAAACAGUAUGUUACCAUUAGAGAUACUCUGAUGGACAAUGGACAAACAUCUAAAUUGACGAUUACUGAGACCAUGGAGAAAGAUUCUGGAACGUAUAUUUGUUACGCAUCAAAUAAAGCAGGAAAUGCAUCAAAUUCAAUAGUAAUUGGCGUUAUCCAACCUGAACACUCUGGUGAAGAAGAAUUGAGAUCAUCCGAUAAAGAUGAACAAAUUGGAAUAAUUUUAGCCACAAUAUUGGUCUUCCUUUUAGUUAUCCUUUCAGUUUGUUUCAUAUUUCUACGAAAUAAAACUUCACUAUUCAGUAGCAUCUUUAAAACCUCCAACACUGAAAAUCUUGCUGGUGAAAAGAUUGAAUCAAAUUCCACCCUGGAUCCAUCUUACCAUAAUUGUAAACCAACACUAACCAAUCAUAUUAUAAACAAAUCGAUUGAUAAUGAACAAGACAGAAAGAGGCCAUUUAAUCAACUCACCUCUAAAUCGUCAUCAACAACGUCAACAAUUGGUGCCAAAGAUACAAUAGUGAUAACUCAAUCUAAUGGAUCACUUUUAACAUCGGAUACUUUGGUUAAAGUUUUCCCACCCGAUCAACAUUCAACAACAAUUAACGAUAACAAUCUAAGUCCAAAUAUUAGUAAUAAAUCACCUGAUGGAAGUGGUUUUGAAAAGUGCCUUGAAUCUUAUCUAAUGAUGUCUGAGGAUGAAAAUAGUAUGCUACUCCCGAACCGAACCAAUAACUCAACAAUAGAAAAUCAAGUUGACUAUAAUUCAAUAAUCCAACAACAACAAGAAUCAACCGAUCAACAAUUAACAUCACUUCUCUCACAAGAACAGUUAAAUCAUCAUCUCCACCACCCACAACAACAACAACAACAAGCAAUCAAUUGGGGCCAAGAUGUUUACGAUCAAUCAAAUAUAUAUUCAAAUCGAUCCUUAAAUCGACGUUAUUCCGAUUCAAGUGCUUCUCUCAUGGUUAAACAGCUCAAUAACAAUUUAAUUCCAGUAAUUAACAGCAGUCGAGUAACAGUGCAUGACGAUAAUUCAAUUGAAUUAUUAACAAGAAGUAAUAACAAUAAUCAUCCAACAACAACAGCAACAAUUGAUAGAUUCAGGCCUAGACGGUUAUCAGAAGGAAUCAUUACCAAUCGAGUUAAUGGUUUAUGGAAUCGUAAUCAUCAUUUAAUUUCAGCAACAAUCAAUAUCCAUCCAAAUGAAGAUUAUUCUAAUUGGAGUAUUGGUCAACAUAAUCAACAACAACAACAACAUGUUGUUAUUAACAAUAAUGAUCCCGAUUAUCUUGGUAAAGUUAAUCUAAUUGGAUCAGAAAAAGAUAGUCUAUUAAGACGAAAUGGUUUCGCUAAUUAUGAUUAUUCAACACUUCAAUCUCACCGUCGAUGCUCAAAAUCAGGUUUAUCGUCCCUUCAUAAUAAUAAUGUGGUUAACAAUAAUUCAUCAGCAUAUUUGAGAGCUUUAUCAUUGGAAGAUUCAAGUUUAUCUCCAACAUUUCCAGUUAUCCAUGAAUCUGCUAAAGAAUAUGAAAGUGAAUUAAAAAAUUAAACUGUUCCAAAUUAAUCCAGUAAAUCUAAUUCGAGGAAUCAACCGUUUUAAUCGCUGAAUCUUUCCAUUUAAAUUUCGGAAUAAUAUUCCUUGGCCUAAUAUUUUCAUUCUCUGUUAUGAUAACAGAAUAAUAAUUAUCUAAUUAUAUUA